AUGCAGCUGGUGGCCAAUCUCGCAGCAGUGCUGCUGCUGUUCUGGAGCAUGAGAGCAUCAGCGUUGCCAGGCGAAGACAAGUUUUCGGUUCAGAGCAGUAGGGAGCAGUUCAAAGCCCGGAAAGGCCUGGUUCUGAAGAUGCUGGCAGAUCUCCUGGAUCAGGUGGAAGCACACCAUGAUGCUACAGCUUCCUUCUACUCGGAGGAUCCGCUUGAAAGCGAGCUGAACGAAGAACACUCCGUAGUUGACCAGCUGUCCCAGACCACCCAGCGAGACCGCAAAACCCCCUGCAAAAACUUCUUCUGGAAAACGUUCACCAACUGCUAG